UUAGCUGACAGACCACCACCUCAGUACAUCCACCCCAACUCUAUAAAUGUUGAUAGUAAUACUGCGUUAUCUAUCACCAACAACCCUUCCGCGCUAGAUCCUUAUCAGUCCAAUGGAAAUGUUGAAUUAGAACUAGGCAUUGUUUCAGUAGACUCUCGUUCUCUGAAUAUUCAUGGUGCCCAAAGUCUUCAUCCUAACGAUGGCCAUGAAGUGGCAUUGGACACAACCAUCACUAUGGAGAACGUUUCUAGGGUUACCAGCCCCAUCUCUACAGAUGGAAUGGCAGAGGAGCUUACAAUGAAUGGCGUUGCAGGCGAGCAUUCCCAGAUCUCAAAUGGCUCCGGAAGUCAUGAAUCUCUCUCCGAGGAUUCUGUGAGCAACAGCGUUCCAGCAGACACUGUAGGACGUGGUGGUGUGAUUCCCAUUCAUGGGAGUGGCCUGGAGCUUCCUGUGGUCAUGGAGGCAGACCACAUUGCAAGUCGGGUCAGCGACAUGUCUGGCAGUGCCCUCAGUGACUCCAUCCACACUUUGGCUAUGAGCACCAACUCUGUAAGCGUGGCACUCUCUACCUCACAUAACCUCGCCUCCCUAGCAUCUGUUUCCCUGCAUGAAGUUGGCCUCAGCCUAGAACCGGUGGCUGUCUCCUCUAUCACCCAGGAGGUUGCUAUGGGGACAGGUCAUGUAGAUGUCUCUCCGGACAGUCUUCUUUUGUGCCACCUUCACUGCAAAUGGAAGGCUCCAAUUCAAACAAGAAAAACAUGGCAACCUUGUUUACAAUUUGUGAGUGUGCUUAGCCUUUCUCUUUUGGAAAUAAUGGUUUACAAAGGCCAUUAUCCCUACUGGCUUUGA